GAUGGCCGAGCACGAGGACGAGGUUGCACAAGAUAGAAGUUAAACACUGGAAACCCACUUCUCUUCUUCUCCUUCUCCCUCUGCAAAAUCUCCCCCAAAAUACCCAAAUUUCCCCACCCCUCAUUUCAUCGUCGAUCUCCUCCCACUAUCUCUCCACCGCCGACGAACCGCCCCAUUCUUCGCCGCCGCAGUACUAAUUGCCGGAGUUCGUCUCUCAUUUUGCACCUCAAGGAAUACUGUGUUCGGUGUCAUGGUCACAUCCUUUCCUUGUUCAAGACAGAGUAACAUAGUGAAUGAAAGUUGUGUACAAGGAAUUAAGACUCAUAUCACAAUAAUAAAGCUCACUCUGUAAAGUGGAACAAAGUCAUAUACUUAUAUUUAAAUUAGGUGGUUGGUUUUCAAAUUUUUCCCUCACAAAGGAAUAAGAGACUGUUCUCAUCAUCAGCACAUCAAGUUACAGACAAGGGUAAAAGCUAAUGCCAGAAGGCGCAAUGGCAGUGGUCAAAGCAGAGAUGAAGUCCUAUAUUUGGCUACAAACUAAUGAUGGCUCAAUCCAGCAAGUUGAGGAAGAAGUUGCAAUGUUUUGUCCGGUUAUAUGCCGAGAAAUACUUCAAAAAAGCAUGGGGUCCUCUAAAUUAAAUGCUAUUGUACUCCCAGAACGGGUUAAUCCAGCAACCCUGGGUUCAAUUCUGGAUUAUUGCCGAUUUCAUCAAGUGCCUGGCCACUCCAUUAAGGAGCGGAAGGCAUUUGAUGAUAGGUUCAUCCGAUUAGACACCAAAAAGUUAUGCGAGUUAACAUCUGCUGCAGAUAGCCUUCAGCUAAAAUCUUUGGUUGAUCUUACAAGCCGUACACUUGCUCGAAUAAUUGAAGGAAAGACUCCAGAGGAGAUACGCGAGAUAUUCAAUUUACCUGAUGAUCUUACAGAGGAAGAGAAGUUGGAGCCCUUGAAAAAUGUGACCGAUGAUCCCCGUAUUCGACUGCUAAAUCGAUUGUAUGCUAGAAAAAGGAAGGAAUUGAAAGAAAGAGAAGAAAAGAAGGAUGCUGAAGUUGAAGAAGAGCACAUUGAUGAUCGCUCAGUUGAUGAUCUCCUGUCAUUUAUAAAUGGUGGAGAAAAAGAAACAAAAGGAGCUAAAACUAGUAAAAGUAAGAAGAAAAAUCGUCGGAAGAAAACCCACAGCAAAGUGUCCUCGGACAAUGAGUGCGGAGACCAUAAGGAGGCAAACAGUACUUCCCAUUUAUAUGAAAAUGGCAAUGCUGAUGAUGGGACGUUGUUGGAUUCUGGUCCUAGUUCAGAAUCACUGGAUCCAAUGAGUCCUUUUUCACCUAAGCUCGACUUUGAUGACGGUGAUAUUGAUGACGAACUGGAUCCAGCAAUGAAGGAAGAACUUGACAGGGAGGUGGAGGACUUUGCUCGGAUAUUGAAUGCAGAUUGGCCAGAAAGAAUGCAAGAGAUUCUUUCUUUGGGCCAAGGAAGAAGGCUAACCCCUCUAUCAAUAAGUGGCAAUGGCUCUGCACAAAGAUAUACAGGUUUGCAACGAAGAUAAUAAUGGAGCGAGAUAUGCCGACACUUUAUUGAUUCAGCCCCCUCUCUCUCGGUUAGUUUGUUCGUCCUGAUAGUGAGCAUAUAUUUACAUCUUGCACACUGCAUUUACCAUGCUAAAUCAAGCGAUGGGAAAGGACGGUUAGGCUUCUUAGUUGCAACAUCUGUAUAUUUUCGAGGUUGAGUGGGAACUUCUUGUUGGUUAUUUAUACCUUUCAUUUAUGUAAUAGGCUAAUAGCUUUGUUCUUUGCAUUUUUUCCUGCACCCUAACUUUUUUCCCCUAUACGAGUUUGCGAGUUUUCCUGGCUUGAAUACAGUGGUUUUCUGUACCCGUUUGAACAAACGAAAUGUGUUUGCACAUAUCAGAGGUUAUGGAAUGUAAAUCAUCUUUCCAGAUUAUUUACGGUAAAAUUUUCUUUACAGAUUUUUGUCAUAGCAAGAACCCUAUCACUCUCUCAGUAGUUGAAAUGUAAAAGAUUAUUAUUUCCUCCUAUUAUACACUUAUGUUCGAAUGAGUUUACUAUUCGAUCUCGAAUGAA